CGACACGGAAGCACCGGUGACUUUUCCAUACUAACGAGAUAGAUUCCCUUAACAUCGACCGUUGAAGAAGAAUAACUCUAUCCUCCUCUAGUGCAUAACAAUACCCUCAACAACAGUCAAACAUCCACCAACCCUCUUACAUAAAACGCAUCACACGAAUCAAGGAACUCCUUUCUUUGGUUUUUCCUCUCGAUAGAGGUCUUUCUGUCGCAGUCCACCUCGCAACUUGGCUCCUGGCCCUCACGUUCUGCUCCUCUUGCACUCCAUCCUCCAACUCGCUCCUUACCCCCUCCCCUUCUUUGAUCCUAGUGGAACAUUUCCUUUUUUCUCACGGGAAGCCCUAACAUCCGCCCCAUCUACUAUUGCAUUCCCCCGACCACGGGUCCUCAAUCCAAACUACUUCCCCUCCACCAAGGUACCACCAACAGAAAAGAUGGCCGGUUCAAGAAACUAUGACUUCCUGAUAAAGCUUCUCCUGAUCGGUGAUUCAGGUGUCGGGAAAUCAUGCUGCCUUCUCCGGUUCAGCGAGGACUCCUUUACCCCGUCUUUCAUCACCACUAUCGGCAUUGAUUUCAAGAUCCGAACAAUCGAGCUGGACGGCAAGAGGGUCAAGUUGCAGAUAUGGGAUACUGCCGGUCAAGAGCGUUUCCGAACAAUCACCACCGCUUAUUAUCGCGGUGCGAUGGGCAUCCUACUAGUAUACGAUGUUACCGAUGAACGCUCAUUCAAUAACAUCCGAACUUGGUUCUCUAACGUAGAGCAACACGCUACAGAAGGCGUUAACAAGAUAUUGAUUGGAAACAAGUGCGACUGGGAAGAGAAGCGAGUUGUAUCCACCGAGCGCGGGCAGCAACUCGCCGAUGAGCUAGGAAUCCCAUUCAUGGAGGUAUCCGCAAAAUCCAAUAUCAACGUCGAGAAGGCCUUUUUCAGUCUCGCAACCGACAUCAAGAAGCGAAUCAUGGAUACCGCAAGGGCCGAGGAGAAAGCCGGUGGACAAGGCAGCGUCGUUGACCCAAGCAGGGACAGCGGAAACAUGAGUGGGAAAUGUUGUUAAUUCCUAACCGGUAGAAACUUUGUCUUUCUUCUUGCUCUCUUCUUCCUUUACGUUUUCUCUUUUUUGUCUUCUAUAUUCCUUCUAUUAGCUUUAUUUCGCCUCGAACAAUGGGGCAGAACUUAUCCGAGUAAGUAACCAAGUAGAUCAAAGCUAGACCGGGAAUUGGAAGUUGGGGAGAUGAAAGGAAAGAUACGAAAUGGAUGGGAGGACGAACGGAUGGAGGGUAAAGCUACGACAAUGAAUGGAUAGCGCCAUAUGUUUGGGUCUCUUUUGGUGCGUUGGGUUAGGAUCUUAUUUUUAUUUUCUUCUCUUCAUUACUUGUUUUCCCAUUCUUUUUUUUCUCUCCCGUCCUUCAAGUGUACCCGAAUACGCACCUUUUCCUUUUCCUCUUGUUAUCGAUAAAAUACUUGCCCCAAACUGUCUUUUUCGUACGUUUGAUUCCUAUUUUUAUUUUUAUUUUUCUCUUUUCUCAACAUUCAGAUUUUCUUUUCUUCGAUUGUCAAAGAUGGAUUGAAUUGAGGAAGGGAGGGAUAGGACGCGGAGGUAAUAUUCUAAUAAAGAUAUGGGGGGAUCUCGUUCUUUAUUUUGUUUUUCUUCCUUAUACUAUUUCUAUCGCACUUCGGGGAUUGACAUCUUGUAGAUCGGAUAUCAGAGUUGGAGGUGGGUACUCAGUUUGUCGGUCCAGAUACAGUACAUACCUGCACCUACUCUGCACCCCCAAUUCAUCCACAUCGCCCGCAA